GUUCAGUGAAAUCUUAAGUACACUGCAAACAAAAGCCCAUUUUGAAACCUUUUUUGAUUAUCAACCUUUUAGAUACACAAUAGUUGUUUCUCGUGAACAAAUAUAUCAUUUGCAAAAGUGCUAUAUUUUUUAUGAUAAUUGACUGUGCCUCUUCGCAAGCUGGUGUCAAACAGAGGUGUUUCACAUUCGCAGUGUUGCCAUCUCCGCAGUUCCUUUACAGUGUGCGAACUGAUUAAUCAUCACUGGAUCAAAGAGUCGGCUGGGGCAACUUUGGCUUGACUCUGAAACAAGCAACACCAACAUGCGUCACUCUCUGGUGGUCGUCCUCUCCUUGGCCAUAUUGCACAUCGCAGUGGCCAAGGACUUGCGGUCGGUGUCGGAACCGAAGAUUCCAGCCGCUUGCACUUCCCUAAAGGGGACGGGCAAAGAAGAGACUGCCGAGAUCCAGAAGGCUCUCUCCUCCUGCGCCAAGGGCAAGGCCGUCCACCUGGCAUCCGGCACCUUCAUCUCGGGCCCGCUGACCAUCCCCACCGAAGUGGGCCUGUGGGUCGACAGCGGAGCGGUGCUGAAGGCCAGCUCCAACCCCAAGGACUACGACAAGGGCGGGAACUCGUGCGGGACUCUGGAUAGCAGCGGCGGUGCCUGCAAGCCGUUCAUCACGAUCAAUGGUGCUAAGGGCAGCGGGAUCUAUGGCAAGGGCACCAUCGACGGCCAGGGCGGGGUGAAGAUGACCGGCAAGGGCGAGAGCUGGUGGGAGCUGGCGCACGAGGCGCAAGUCAAGAAUAAGCGGCAGAACGUGCCGAGGCUGAUACAGAUAGUGAACUCUCAGGACAUCACCUUGUACCUGAUAACAUUGAAGAACUCCCCCAAUUUCCACGUCGCCAGCAAGAGCACCAACGGCUUCACGGCCUGGGGAGUCACCAUCAACACGCCGGGCACUGCUCGCAACACGGACGGCAUUGACCCUAUGAGCUCGCAGAAUGUCACCAUCGCGCACUGCAGCAUAUCCACUGGGGACGACAAUGUGGCCAUCAAGGCGGGAGAUGCGGCAACGAGACACGUCUCCAUAACGAACAGCAACAUCGGGACAGGACACGGCAUGUCCAUCGGCAGCGAGGUCAACGGCGGGGUCAGCGACGUGACUGUCACUGCGAUGACGCUGGACGGCACCACCAACGGCCUGAGGAUCAAGAGCGACAAGUCCCGUGGUGGUCUGGUGACAGGCGUCACCUACACCAACGUCUGCAUGCGCAACGUGAAGAACCCCAUUGUCCUCGACACUCAGUACAGUUCCAACAACGGCAACCACAUACCCGUCUUCAAGGGCAUCACUUUCAACACCAUCAAGGUGUUAACUGCCGGAACCUUCACAUUCGAUGGCAUCAGCGAUUCAAAUCCCGUGGAGGCAACACUCAACAACGUGCACAUCAAAAAAGGCUCUACGUGGGUUACGAAACAUGCGAAGAUCAGCGGCAAGUACUCUGAAGAUGCCAGUGGAAGCAGUUGCUAAGAUGCGUGUCAUGAAACUGUAAUAUAUAAUAUAAUUGCACUUAAGUCUAAAAAAAUAAUCCCAUGAAAUAUAUCGAAAAAACUUUUACAAUUUCAAUUAUUUUGUGUGCAUGAAAAUUAUUUUUGAAGUUUAAAGGUAGCUAUGAAAAAUGUUGAGUUUUGGUAAAAUAGUAAUUUACUUUAAAAGAAAAAUAUAUUUUAUCCGGAUACAAAUUAGUAAAUAUCAAUAAAUAAUUAAUUUAGAAGAAAAACUUAAUUUUCAAGAAUUAUUUUCAAAAGAUAAAUUGCAAUAAAGUCUUCUGUAAAAAAGCACA